GAACUAAGAGCUCAUCAGCAGAGCGAGGAGCUGUGGACUGCACUGUGACACUGGAAUCUUGUACUGAACUAGCCGGAGUCAUGUAUUGUGCUUAUCCUGCCUCUGGGACAGGAAACAACUCACUGAUGUAUGGCUGCAAUGUGAAAUCAGUUUAUGAUGACAUCAACCAGAACCCGUCCACGCACCCAUCCUCCACGACCCCCAGCAAUAUGUUUGGCAGCACAUUCUAUGAAUGUACAAACGGAUCCACGGACAUGUGGGGUUCCACGGGUGAACUGAGCCAGCUGGGAUAUGGAGGCCGCUCUACCCACCAGUCCCACUCAGGGAACUACAACAACCUGCCAUCCAACAGUCACCCGGACUAUUCUCCACACUCAGUCUCCCCCGCUGACAUCAGCCGAGGUCUUCCUCCCAUGUCUACGUUCCACCGGGGCGGCAACACGACCUCUCACCCUCAAGCCGCCAGCAGCCCAGACAGCUCCACAAGUAACCAUGGUAACCGUGACCAUCCCGCUGACAGGACGCAGACUGGGGAUGCCCUGGGGAAAGCUCUGGCUUCUAUUUACUCCCCUGACCACACGAGCAGUAGCCUUCCGUCCAGUUCCUCCACCCCUGCCAGGUCUCCAUCCCCUCUCACAAGCUCUGCUGCACCCCAAGGUACUAACCUCUGGCCCCGCACAUCAACUCACGCCCCUGUCUCCCCUAAUUAUGAGUCUUGUCUCAUAUCCAUGUCUCAGCUGGAGGAUCGUCUGGACAGACUGGAUGACGUGAUCCAUGUCCUGCGCAGUCAUGCUGUGGGGCCCGUCCCCCGCCUGACCAGCGACAUCCACAGCCUGAUGAACCCAACUCACCCUGGCCUGAGCUCUGCCCCAGGACCCCACGGCACCAAUCACACACCUGCCAUGACAGAAGGGGUCAAUCUCAACAACAACCCCUCCGCAUUGCACAACCGCAAUCACAAUGGCCACCCCUAUAACAGUGUGCGACGAACAUCCCAACAGACCAUACACAUGCAGGAAGAAAGUAGAGCAUUGUUCAGCCAGCUGGAUCUGAAGUUGGAGGGUCUCGAUGGAGACGACAUGCAGACUUGUCAGAGCCACAGCUCAGCCAGCCAGCGUUCCGACGAGGAGAGUGACACACGGGAUACUAAGACACCAGGAGACAGCACCAGCAGCAUCCAUGAGGACGAGGACCUCAGUCCGGAGCAGAAGGCCGAGCGGGAGAGGGAGAGGAGGAUGGCCAACAACGCCCGGGAGCGUCUGCGUGUGCGGGACAUCAACGAGGCCUUCAAGGAGCUGGGCCACAUGUGCCAGCUGCACCUGAAGAACGAGAAGCCCCAGACCAAGCUUCUGGUGCUGCACCAGGCUGUGGCUGUAAUACUCAGUCUAGAACAACAAGUCCGAGAGAGAAACUUGAACCCAAAGACCGCCUGUCUCAGGAGACGUGAAGAGGAGAAGGUGUCCGGGGUGUUGACAGACGGCCAGCCGCUACACCCAUCACUCCACCCAAGUCUGACAGACACAGCUAACCCUAUGGGCCAUCUCUGAGCCCCCGUCAGAUGUUGAGUUGAUGAGCAUCCUGAGAUGGUGGACCUGUUCAGCCGCUCCGGAUGGUGUUGCUGUCUUCACAACUCUCUAAAUGGACUCGUGCCUGAAUUUACUUGUAAUUGACAAAUGCAUUGUAAUCUGAAAAUGUUUUGUACUACCGGUUUCUUUUUUUUAAAAACAUUUAAAUAUCAAUGAUCUUUCUGUUUGACAUCAAAAAGCAAUUAAGUCUUUGGAUAAAGCCACUGUUAUCCUUGUUGUGGGGUUAACUAUCCUGGUUUAAGCUAGACCCAGAAUCAUACUACACAAUUUAUCUUUGUGCACUGAAUAUGUCAACCGCGGAGGACAGAUAUUUUUAAAUGUGUGAGUGUUUGUGCACACCAGUGCAUCUUGUUGAGUGUGAGUCCACAUGUAUGUGUGAGUUUGACCAUUCUGUGAAUGAACAGACCUCUCUUCAUUUGUUCUGUUCGUUGCAUCCUAGUUGCUAUGCUAUCCAUGUUGCCAUGACCACUAGGUCUGUCAUGUCAGUCAUGUUGGUGAAUGGUAUUUUCUUAAAGGCCACAGUGAUGGAUAGAACAGAGCAAUAUGUAAUCUCCCCGAUUCCCUCUAAGUAUUACUCUUCACAUGUGUAUUGUUUGUUGCAUGUAUUAUCUUUCUAGAUUUAAUUGAUUUUUUUCAAUAGUUCAUCUUUUAUACAUGUAUUGAGAAGUAAUUAUUACAUUGUCGGUUUCAAUUUUACACAAGAUGAUGUUUUGUCAUAUUUUCUAAACAUUUUAACAGAUUAUAAUUAUUUUACUUUGACCAGAACUGUAGGUGAUAGCGAUAUAGAUUAACUAAUCUCCGAUUUCUAACACAAUAUUGUCUGAAGUUUAAAAUUAUGCGGCUGAAAAUAA